CGCGGCGUGGCGGCCCCGGGGGACGGGAAAGUUGCCAGCGCGGGCGCCGAGAUGCCGGGCAGCGACACCCCGCUCACCGUGGACCGGACCUACUCCGACCCGGGCCGGGACCGCUGCAAGAGACGGGUAGAGCGUCAUGACAUGAAUACCGUAAGCCUGCCCCUCAACAUACGCCGAGGGGGCUCAGACACCAACCUCAACUUCGACGUACCAGAUGGCAUCCUGGACUUCCACAAGGUCAAACUCAGCGCGGACAGCCUGAAGCAGAAAAUCCUAAAGGUAACAGAGCAGAUAAAAAUAGAGCAGACGUCCCGUGAUGGGAACGCGGCGGAGUAUCUGAAGCUGGUCAGCAGCGCGGACAAGCAGCAGGCCGGCCGGAUCAAGCAAGUCUUUGAGAAGAAGAAUCAGAAGUCAGCUCACUCGAUCGCCCAGCUGCAGAAGUUAGAAAAGUAUCAUAGAAAGCUCAAGGAGAUCGAACAGAACGGAGCCUCCAAAAGCUCAAAGGACUUUUCCAAAGACCACCUGGAGGACAUCCAGCACUCUCUGAAAGAUGCCCACGCCAAGUCUCGAACGGCGCCCGGCAACAUGGAGAGCGGUAAAUCGGGCAUGCCAGGGGUGUCCCUCACUCCCUCCGUGUUCGUCUUUAAUAAGUCCAGGGAGUUUGCCAACCUAAUCCGUAAUAAGUUUGGCAGCGCCGACAACAUCGCUCACUUAAAAAAUUCCUUAGAGGAGUUUAGGCCCAAGGCGAGUGCCAGGGUCUACGGGGGCAGCGCGACCAUUGUGAACAAGCCCAAGUAUGGCAGUGACGACGAGUGUUCAAGUGGCACCUCGGGUUCCACCGACAGUAAUGGGAACCAGUCGUCCGCUGGCGGAGCCGGCACGCUGGACAGCCAGGGGAAGCUCACCAUGAUCCUGGAGGAGCUGUGGGAGAUCAAGGACACCCAGGCACAGCUGGCUGAGGACAUCGAGGUGCUGAAGGUGCAGUUUAAGAGAGAAUAUGGUUUUAUUUCUCAGACCCUGCAAGAGGAGAGAUACAGGUACGAGUGAUUGGAAGACCAGCUCCAUGACAUGACGGACCUGCAUCAGCACGAGACAGCCAACCUGAAACAGGAGCUGGCCAGCAUCGAGGACAAGGUGGCCUACCAGGCCUAGGAGCGCUCGCGGGACAUCCAGGGGGCCUUGGAGUCCUGCCAGACUCGCAUCUCAAAGCUGGAGCUGCACCAGCAGGAGCAGCAGGUGCUGCAGACGGACACCGUGAAUGCCAAAGUUCUCCUGGGCAAGUGCAUCAACGUGGUCCUGGCCUUCAUGACUGUGAUCUUGGUGUGCGUGUCUACCAUCACCAAGUUCGUCUCGCCCAUGAUGAAGAGCCGCUUCCACAUUGUUGGCACCUUCUUUGCUGUGACUCUUCUUGCAAUAUUUUGUAAAAACUGGGACCAUAUUCUGUGUGCCAUAGAAAGGAUAAUAAUACCAAGAUGA